CUCAAUCUUGAAACUUGUAGUGUGUGGUGCGUACGUCAACACUCAAGACAGAGCAAGGGGUCGCCGAAAUGGGGACACUAAUAGCAAACGUAACGAACUAUUAUAACUACCUAAACGAUGACUUAGCGGAUCCCCGAACGAAUAGUUUUCUUCUGGUGUACAGCCCGGUGCCGGUGCUGACUAUCAUGUUCUUGUACCACCAGUUCGUGCGAUACUGGGGUCCCGCCUUCAUGGCCAACCGACCGCCGUACAAACUGAAGAACGUCAUCAUACUUUAUAACAUUGUGCAGAUCUUCUUAUCAGGACUUUUAGCAGUACAGUGCCUAAGAUGGCUGUACCUGCCUGGCUACUACAGCCUAUGGUGUCAGAAAAUAAACUAUGAGGAUACCGAAGUGGAGAGAAUGGUCAUUGACUACGUGUGGCUAUACUAUUUCAUAAAGAUCGUCGAUUUACUUGAUACGGUAUUCUUCGUUCUCCGUAAGAAGUUUAACCAGGUGUCGUUCCUGCACGUUUAUCACCACUUGGGGAUGUGCUUGCUGGGCUACAUCGGCACCAAGUAUGUGCCGGGUGGGCAUGGCAUCAUGCUGGGCUUCAUCAACUCUCUGGUGCAUGCAGUCAUGUACUCGUAUUACCUGAUCUCCAUCGUUCGACCCGAAUGGGUGAGGAUAUGGUGGAAGAAGUACAUCACACAGCUUCAAAUCUUGCAGUUCCUGCUCUUGAUUCUCCACUUCGGCCACAUAAUAUUCGAGCCCUCGUGCGGAUACCCCAAAUGGGUGUCGUUCGUAUUUUUACCACAUAACAUAUUCAUAUUGUUUCUAUUUUCCGACUUUUACAUUAAAGAGUACAUUUUAAAGAAAAAGAAACAGCAAUAAAGGACAAAAAUGUAUUAUAUCUCCGAUAAGUAGUUAAUUACGAUUUU